AUGGUGACCACCAACGGCAACGGAGCCAACGGCGUUAAUGGCACAAACGGCGGUUCAGCAGCCGAACGUCCUUCGCAAAACCCAUACGCAACCGUGGAUAACUUCCUGUCGAACGUAGGUCGCUUCAAGAUCAUCGAGUCGACGUUAAGAGAAGGAGAACAAUUCGCCAACAGCUUCUUCGAUACCGAAACCAAGAUCAAGAUUGCACAAGCUCUGGAUGACUUCGGAGUCGACUACAUAGAGCUCACGAGCCCUGCUGCGUCGGAGCAGUCAAGAUUAGACUGUGAGAAGAUAUGCGCUCUCGGUCUCAAGGCCAAAAUCCUGACCCAUGUUCGGUGUCAUAUGGACGAUGCUCGUAUGGCAUGCGCAAUCCCAGGAUUGAGCGGUCUCGAUAUCGUCAUCGGAACCUCAUCUCACCUUCGGGAACAUUCACACGGCAAAGAUAUGGACCAUAUUCGAAGAACAGCCGUGGAAGUGAUUAAUUAUGUCAAGAGUCAGGGAUUGGAAGUGCGAUUCUCCUCAGAAGAUUCGUUCCGAAGCAAUCUGGUUGAUCUUCUCACAAUCUACCACGAGGUGGACAAGAUCGGUGUCAACCGAGUGGGCAUCGCAGACACAGUCGGGUGUGCUUCACCUCGACAAGUCUAUGACCUUGUACGAACACUUCGUGGUGUGGUAUCCUGCGAUAUCGAAUGCCAUUUCCACGAUGAUACUGGCUGUGCAACUGCCAAUGCUUUCUGUGCAUUGGAAGCUGGCGCUACACACAUCGACACAUCCGUCCUGGGCAUUGGCGAGCGAAACGGAAUCACUCCCCUCGGUGGUCUGAUGGCACGAAUGAUCGUCGGCGAUCGAGAUUACGUCAAGAGCAAGUAUAAGCUUGAGAAGCUCAAGGACAUUGAGAACUUGGUUGCCUCAGCCGUCGAGAUCAACGUCCCUUUCAACAACCCGAUUACUGGAUUCUGUGCCUUCACCCACAAGGCAGGCAUUCAUGCCAAAGCAAUUCUUAACAACCCUUCCACAUACGAGAUAUUGAACCCCUCGGAUUUCGGGCUAUCUCGAUACGUACAUUUCGCAAGUCGUCUGACUGGCUGGAAUGCAAUCAAGAGUCGAUGCGAACAGCUCGGGCUGCAUAUGUCUGACAUCGAAUACAAGCAAUGCACUGCAAAGGUCAAGGCUUUGGCUGAUAUUCGCAAAUUGACCCUGGACGAUACCGAUGCUAUCAUCCGCAAUUUCCACAAGAACGUUACUGCUGGUGCCGACGUGCCUUUGGUCGAAGGCCUGACUCAAGGAGAGAAGCGCCUAUUGGAGGAGGAGGAGGCCGUUCUUGACCAGGCUGCAAACAAGAAGGCCAAGUUGGACUCGGUCGCUGCCGGGUUGCCUAUCGAUGCUGCAAAUGGCGUGUAG